CCCCUCUCCUCCACACACAAGAUGUUGCCCUGGGCAGUUGCCCAUGUCCCCCAUAUCAGAAACCACCACUGUACAUAGUUCUGACUCUGACUGCAUCAGCAGACAGAUUCAAAGGGAGGAGUCUGGAACCAGACUAUAAAACAGCAUCAACAUAAAAAGUGAACCAUUUAAUACAAAGAAAGAAACCAACAGCCACAGAUCAUCACAGAUCAACUCCCUGCCAGAAGACAGUCAAGAUGUCCAAACACACCUCUGAUCAACUCGAACCAGAGGCCGACCUCAGAGUGGUGCUGGUGGGCCAGGAAAGAGUCGGGAAGAGCUCAGCAGGAAACACCAUCCUGGGAAGGAAGGAGUUUAACUCUGAACUCAGUUUGGUUCCUCUGACUCUGAGCAGUAAGAAGGCAGAAGGAGAAGUUUUGUCUCGUAGAGUCUCUGUGGUGGACACGCCCGGACUCUGCAGCUCUGUUCUUAAACCAGAAGAAGUGAAAGCUGAGAUCCAGAGAGCUGUGGAGCUCAGCUCUCCUGGUCCUCAUGUUUUUCUGCUCACCAUCCAGCUGGGAAGAUUCACUGAACAGGAGAAGAGAGGAUUGAAGAUGCUGCAGGAGAUUCUGGGUCCAGAGGUUUCCAAGAACACCAUGAUCCUGUUCACCUACGGAGACCGACUGGAACAAACAGGCAUCGAUAUUCAUCAGUUUGUACAAAGAGAUGAAAACUUGCAGAAACUGGUUAAGAGCUGCAGUGAGAUGUAUCAUGUGUUCAAUAACCAGAAGAUGGAAGACAGGAAGCAGGUCCAGGAUCUGCUGGAAGAAAUAGAUUCACUCAGGAAACGUCGUUUUUUCCCCAAAAUAAUAACUUAUUAUCUUGGUUAUUCUCCCAAGAUAACAACAACUGCAUUAGUAUCUAUUGUUCUUGUUAUUUCAUUAGCAAUAGCAUUCAAAGUGUUCAGAUCAGGUCCUACACAGCAAAAUAUGAAGCAGAGUGUAAAUAUUUCAUCAAUUCUGAGUUAAAAUUAAACUUUGUAAAGUGUUAAUAUUUUAACUCUUUAAUAGUGUUAAAUAUUUGACACAAGAUGCCACAUAGAGGCACAUUUAACAGAAAAUUAUGUUAUUUUCUUUCACUGUAAUGUACUUCAUGUCAUUUUUUACACAAUAAAAUGGAUCUUCAACA